AUGGCGGACAGCAGAAAACCCGAUGAGUACGCGAUUGAGAUGGAGAAGUUGGACCAAAGUAAAAAAAUUCAGGCGCCGUAUUCGCCGCCUCAGUCGCGGAGUUCCUCGUCGAGUUCAGUCGCCAACAAUGCUGCUUUCUCCGUUCUGGCAUACUGCGGCUCAUCUAUUUUGAUGACCGUCAUGAAUAAAUACGUGCUCUCUGCGAAUUUCAAUUUAAAUUUUUUCCUCCUGUGUGUACAGUCUCUCGUAUGCAUCACUGCCAUCCAAACAUGCAAAUACUGUGGCCUUAUCACAUAUCGUGACUUUAAUCUAGAUGAGGCUAGAAAGUGGUUCCCCAUAACUCUCCUACUCAUUGGUAUGAUUUACACCGGAUCUAAGGCAUUGCAAUUUCUUUCGAUCCCGGUCUACACCAUUUUCAAAAACCUGACCAUCAUCCUAAUCGCAUACGGAGAGGUCUUGUGGUUCGGUGGCUCGGUCACAAACCUCACUCUAUUCUCGUUCGGACUUAUGGUUUUUAGCUCCGUCAUCGCUGCCUGGGCCGACAUCAAGCACGCAGUUGAAAGUAAUGGCGAUGCGACGUCAAAAGUUUCCACCUUGAAUGCUGGAUAUAUUUGGAUGUUAAUUAACUGUCUCUGCACGUCGUCUUAUGUCCUGGGCAUGCGCAAGAGGAUCAAGUUGACCAACUUCAAGGAUUUUGAUACCAUGUUCUACAACAACCUCCUUUCGAUUCCUGUUCUCAUCGUCUGUUCCGGUUUCCUGGAAGAUUGGUCACCUGCGAAUAUCACCCAGAAUUUCCCCCCUGCUGACCGCAACGGCAUUAUGUUUGCCAUGAUCCUGUCCGGGUUGUCUACGGUGUUCAUUUCUUAUACAUCCGCUUGGUGUGUUCGUGUCACUUCAUCUACCACCUACUCAAUGGUUGGUGCCCUCAACAAGCUUCCAAUUGCUAUCUCUGGAUUGGUCUUCUUCGACGCCCCCGUUACUUUCCCUAGCGUGUCCGCCAUUCUAGUUGGGUUUGUUAGUGGUAUCGUGUACGCCGUUGCGAAGAUCAAGCAAAACGCCAAGCCAAAGGUCGGGAUUCUGCCAACCUCCAACCCAGUCAGCGCCAGCAGCCAGAGCAUGAGGGAUUCGUUGCGCUCGUGA